AUGGCUUCGCCGGCGUUAACAACCGGUUACCGGAACCUUACGACGCCGGUAUCUCUCCUGCGCACAUUAGCAUCCACCCGAAUCACUACUCCUUUGUUUCGUUCCAAUGAGAAUCAUCACAACAAACACUCUCCGCGUUUCAUUUCUUCUUCAAGGAGACUCACUUGCUUAUCCUUACUUCAAACCGAUUCUCACCAUCAAACCGCACUCUCCUCUUCCUCCAAUCCUGGAUACCCUGAAUACAAUCAAACCACACUCUCAUCUUCUUCCAAUCCUGGAUACCCUGAAUACAAUCGAUUAAUGCCAUGUCCUGCGCAUAACUUUCCACCAAGAAUUGAGCAUAUGGUUGUCUUAGAAGACGUUCUUGUGGCUGAUUUUAUCUCUAAACAAUUGGAUCUUCCACCUUUGUAUGUUGCAGAUCUUAUCCAGUUUGGAGCUGUGCAUUACGCUCUUGUGUGCCCUAAACCUCCACCAACUGCGACUCCUGAGCAAGUUAAACUGUUUGAAGAAGUAACCUCUCCUUCUGUACUAAAGAAGAGACCUUCCAUCAAAGGAAAAACUGUUAGAGAAGCUCAGAAAACGUUUCGUGUGACACAUGGAGAUCAGUGUGUAGAAGCUGGAACUUACCUGCGUGUGCACGUUCACCCAAAACGCUCCCCAAGGUGUUAUGAAAUUGAUUGGAAGUCAAGGGUUGUUGCUGUGGCUGACUCUUAUGUUGUUUUGGAUAAACCUGCAGGCACUACGGUUGGGGGAACAAUGGAUAACAUUGAAGAGACUUGUGCCACGUUUGCCUCACGUGCAUUGGAUUUGCCAGAAUCAUUGAAAACAACACAUCAGAUUGAUAAUUGCACAGAAGGCUGUGUUGUCUUUGCUAAAACAAAAGAGUACUGUUCCGUCUUCCACACGAAAAUAAAAAAUAAAGAAGUAAAGAAGCUUUAUCGUGCUCUUGCUGCGGCACCUCUUCCCAGUGGAAUCAUCUCACAUUAUAUGCGCCCUAUUAAUAGAGCUCCAAGACUCGUUUCCGAAGAUUUAAUCAAAGGCUGGCACUUGUGUCAACUUGAGAUCUUAGAAUGCAAGAAGAUACCAUGGCCCGACGCAGCUACUGAGAAGAAACAUGAUAUUGAAGACUGUGGAUGGCCUUCAAAAGAAUUUGCUUACGAGUGUACAAUAAACCUUUUAACAGGAAAGACUCAUCAGAUCCGGGCCCAGCUUGCAGCUUGUGGGUCACCGGUUGUUGGUGACUCUAUGUACAUGCCAGCUGCAAUAGCGGAGAUGGUGAACCCUGGGAUCAACCCUUAUGGGAAAGCAAAGAAGCAUCAAGAAAUGGAGGAGAACGAUAAGGAAACCGCUGUUGCUGAAUGGUUUGAUAUCCAUGGGAAGGAACCCAAGGUAGGCAUCGGUCUUCAAGCUUGUCAAAUCUCAUGGGAGGAUGAUGAUGGAGAGCAUUUCUAUGAAGCUGGGACUCCGUGGUGGAGAUGA